GGAUGAGGUACAACAAGCAAGAGCUGUUGACCCUGGCUACUCAACCUUCGCAGAAGUUUGACAAGGAAGGUGUUCUCCUGCUGAGGGAACGCCAGGAAGGCUUCUUUCGUAGGACUGAGAGGAAAGACUCAAAAAGAGGGAAACGGGGAAAACUACGUGAACUGAGCUGCUAUAGUGGAACCAGCAAAGUUAGCCUAGAGCGGUGGUGCAGACUGCGAGGUAACCUGCUGUUUUACUUCAAGACCCGAGACCAGUGGUCGGAGCCGCUGGGUGUAGUCGUGUUGGAACAGUGCUCCGUCAAGCUGGAUCCCCCCGCCACCUCCAACACCACUGACGGCCCGUUUGGGUUCAGUCUAGUGUUUGAAGGAGGCCUGUCACAACACGUGGCUGCUCUGAGUCUGCAGGAGAGGGAUCAGUGGUUGCAGGCCAUCCAGCUGUCUAGCCACGAGUGUAUGAGGACUCAGCUGCUAGCUCUGCAGCAGAGGUUGGAGACUCGUAGAGGUCAAGACCCGGACCUGGAUAUCCAGAUGUGGCGGUUACGUCGGAACCAGACUCUAGACCCGUGUGAGUUGCCGCUGUGUGAGGUAUCUCUCUCGUGUGACAACCUACUGUGUGACGGCCAUGGCCGUCCUCCCAACCCUGUACUGCUGGUGCAUGUGUACAUUCCUGAGGAGAGGGUACUACUCAAGUACGCCAAGACCGAGGUCAUAGAGAAAAGCAGCAAUCCCAGUUUCCUGAACACCGUAAGUUUCCGCUCCAGUGAUGGCCUCAACGCGAGCUCCAAGGUGAGACUGACUGUGUAUGAUGUGAGAGAGCCUGUGUCUCAGACAGCCACUCCCCUAGGUAGUGCCUGUAUCACACUAGGCACACUACAGGACUGCGAGAGACUCAGGAUACCUCUCAAGUCCUGUGCUGGGACAACUGUGGGAUUCCUGAGUCUUCUGGUCUGGGCGCUGGAGAGAGAAGACCAGGGAACUCCUAGCACUGAGUCUACGCCCUGUAGGACGGCCAGCAUAGAUACUGCAGCGAUCCAUUGUCACCGCAGGUCGCAGUCGCUGCCACCCAGGCUGGGCUCCAAGCUAAAGUUACCUCACCAAGGACAGCUGCGGCUGUUGUUUGCCAACCCCACAGUCCAGACAUACAGGUUCCACUCUGGGCUGGGUGGUGACAUCAGUGGACAGCUGCGGCUGUUGUUUGCCAACCCCACAGUCCAGACGUACAGGUUCCACUCUGGGCUGGGAGGUGACAUCAGUGUACAUGAGGUCAUGGCAGAGAGUCGUCUGUGCUUCACCUUCCCUCAGCAACUGUUAAGCUACCUCACCAGGGACAGCUGCGGCUGUUGUUUGCCAACCCCACAGUCCAGACGUACAGGUUCCACUCUGGGCUGGGAGGUGACAUCAGUGUACAUGAGGUCAUGGCAGAGAGUCGGACAGCUGCGGCUGUUGUUUGCCAACCCCACAGUCCAGACAUACAGGUUCCACUCUGGGCUGGGAGGUGACAUCAGUGUACAUGAGGUCAUGGCAGAGAGUCGUCUGUGCUUCACCUUCCCUCAGCAACAACUGUUGGACAGCUGCGGCUGUUGUUUGCCAACCCCACAGUCCAGACAUACAGGUUCCACUCUGGGCUGGGAGGUGACAUCAGUGUACAUGAGGUCAUGGCAGAGAGUUUUGAAGCUACCUCACCAGGGACAGCUGCGGCUGUUGUUUGCCAACCCCACAGUCCAGACAUACAGGUUCCACUCUGGGCUGGGAGGUGACAUCAGUGUACAUGAGGUCAUGGCAGAGAGUCGGCUGUGCUUCACCUUCCCUCAGCAACUGUUGGACAGCUGCGGCUGUUGUUUGCCAACCCCACAGUCCAGACGUACAGGUUCCACUCUGGGCUGGGAGGUGACAUCAGUGUACAUGAGGUCAUGGCAGAGAGUCGGACAGCUGCGGCUGUUGUUUGCCAACCCCACAGUCCAGACAUACAGGUUCCACUCUGGGCUGGGAGGUGACAUCAGUGUACAUGAGGUCAUGGCAGAGAGUCGGCUGUGCUUCACCUUCCCUCAGCAACUGUUAGCUGUGUGGAUCCAAGAGGAGAAGGAGUUGCUACAAGAGGUGGCUGGUAUGGGAGAGUUGGUAGAGCCUUGGCACUCCAAGCAGGUUCAACUGCUGGACAGACAUCUCCAUCUGUUACAUCUUUACUCCCAGGCUAGUGAAAACCUCGCUGCGCACAAAGGAGGCUUCUUCAAGCCAAGCUCUCGCAAGAACGACCGUUCUCUGGAGUUUGCGCCGGUGAACCUCCACCUGCAGAGAAUGUGGGUGCAGAACGAUACGCUGAAGAAGUGCGACUUCUACGAUGUUGUUACUGUCGGUGCUUUCACUGCUCACUCGCACAAGAAUAAGAAUGGAGGACUUAUCAAGUUACUACAGCAGAUAAAAGAAUCACCAAUGAGAAGCCACAACUCUUCCCCGGGUAUUGACAAAAUCACUGUUGCGUCCGAUGCAAUCCAGGCCAUCAAGCAGCUUCGCAGGGAGGUCGUGGAGGCCAUGCGUUCUCUGAUGAGGCUUGCUAAAGACAAACAAACACUUGGUAUGCUGCCCAUCUGCGAGGACAUGAUCUCUAAGACUCGCACCCUGUUAACCCUGUGGGACCCAGGGCUGGUAGAAGAAGCUCUAUCCUUUGUUGAGAAGCACAAGAUGGGAGUGGUGUCUCUGGAUGUGGUAGGAUGCAACAAUGGGAUAGAAGAGAGUCUUACUCUCUCCCCCUUCCGUCGCAUCACACAGCAGCUGAGUUUCAACGAGCUCAAGUCGCCCGAUUAUGACGAACUCAUCACACCCGACAGCCCGAGGUGUCUCAAGGGUUUUUGGGGAGACUUGCAUCCAAAGACAUCAACACAUAGAGAGCCGAGUGAGAAUCAGUUUGUGAUUUUCCCUGAUGCUGAAGAGGAUGUGGAAAAAGACGAUAAGUCCAUCGACGAAAACUCUAACGUAGCGAAUCUGGAGAUGAAACCUCUGGAGACUGAAGAAGAAGAAGAAGACGAGGAAGAAGAUGAUGGUAGUCUCCCAUCAAUGUCAAGUGGAAAUGACUGUGAUGUGGGAAAAAGGUUCCUAGACACCCAUGUGAUGAGUAGCUCUCCAUCUGCCAACUACUACAAGCCUACAGAUGAGCCUGAACCUUGGGAUCUGACACAGCUCAACAUAGAAGCCAGUGUUAUCUCUCCAUCUGCCAACUACUACAAGCCUGCAGAUGAGCCUGAACCUUGGGAUCUGACACAGCUCAACAUAGAAGCCAGUGUUAUGUUCCUAGACACCCAUGUGAUGAGUAGUUCUCCAUCUGCCAACUACUACAAGCCUACAGAUGAGCCUGAACCUUGGGAUCUGACACAGCUCAACAUAGAAGCCAGUGUUAUGUUCCUAGACACCCAUGUGAUGAGUAGUUCUCCAUCUGCCAACUACUACAAGCCUACAGAUGAGCCUGAACCUUGGGAUCUGACACAGCUCAACAUAGAAGCCAGUGUUAUGUUCCUAGACACCCAUGUGAUGAGUAGUUCUCCAUCUGCCAACUACUACAAGCCUACAGAUGAGCCUGAACCUUGGGAUCUGACACAGCUCAACAUAGAAGCCAGUGUUAUGUUCCUAGACACCCAUGUGAUGAGUAGCUCUCCAUCUGCCAACUACUACAAGCCUACAGAUGAGCCUGAACCUUGGGAUCUGACACAGCUCAACAUAGAAGCCAGUGUUAUGUUCCUAGACACCCAUGUGAUGAGUAGCUCUCCAUCUGCUAACUACUACAAGCCUACAGAUGAACCUGAACCUUGGGAUCUGACACAGCUCAACAUAGAAGCCAGUGUUAUGUGCCUUGUCAGCAAAGUCAAGUUUCUAUGUGGAAGGUGUGGAUCACCAGCUGUUAGGCUCAGGAAUCAGAGGGGGAUGGGCCGCUCCAAGAGUUUCCGCAGCGAACUCUCAGCACAACAAGAAGUGGUUACAUCUCAGCCGACUAGUGUAGGAGUGAACGGUAACGGUGCAAUUGUGAACCAACCGAGGACUAAUGGUCCGAAACGGACUAACAGUGACGAUGCGCUCAACAAAGCCGUGGACUGUGCAAACAUUGUGCGCAACAAGUUUACCGAAGGACUGGACUUUGCGACUAUCACGGACUGGACAACAGAACUGCGACCAAGCAUGAGGAAGCUGCGGCAAGCCAUGGACGGUCUGCUGAAGACCGCGCGGCUAACGCACAGUGUGUUCCGCGUACAGGAGGACCGAAGGACUGCACAGAAGGCUUGUAACGUUCGGUACAGGCGGCAUGUCUGCUUCUCUCAGGCAUUGACUGCCUUGGUGACUGCACUGAUGGCCAAGCUGUGGUGUCAGAAGCCUGACCCAGUGUUUUUGCUGAUCCUGAGCACUGUAGGACCACUGGUGUCGUUUGAGGGACUCCUCAGUUACUACGGUGAUGAGAUCGAUAUGUGGGGGGACAUGGUUGUGGCUGUGGAGGAUCUACAGACUGUCUCCUUCACCAUCACACGCUGUCCGCCCAACACUAGGCAAGAUCAGGUGGUGCCCAAGGUAGCCAAGUCUGGAUCGUCGCUGAGUGUGAUGCUUCCGGUACCAGACUCUGUACAUUCUCUCCUUCCCCUCUCCUCUCCCCCCACCACUUCUGUUACUUUCCACGUCACCCCGGUGUUCUUCAACAUUGGCAUCAACGAGAUGGCCACCCUUGCGGAGAGUCUAGGGGCGACCAAGCCGCAAGAGAGAAGCAACGUGGACAACUUCGACAGACUCAAUCAGUACUACCAUCGGUUUAGGAAGCUCAACGUGCCUAGUGACAAAAGAGGGAUGGUGCUCAGUGGUCCUCGGUACAGCUUGGAACACCUCGUGGAACAACUUAAGUCCUCCGUGUUGGUCUCCAGGAGCAAGAAUGUGGAGAUCCUGCAUCUCUCCUCCAGGAUAUGUCGCAGGAUGAAAGGACUGAGAUUCACAAGCUGUAAGAGUGCCAAGGAUCGGACUGGUAUGUCUGUGACAUUGGAGCAAUGCAACAUUCUACGCUCAGAGUACGAUCUAGCAGAGCAUGAGUUCUUAAGAGCACUGGACUGCAUGAGGAGCGAGGGCUGUCGUAGGGAGAACACCUACAAGAACGUAGGAGUGCGCAAGUACGCCUUCAACAGUCUGCAGAUCCUGACGUUGCCGAGGCUGUAUCGUCCACCCGCUGGCACCUUCGGCUCGGCCCAGUCGUAGUCCCCUCCAGGUCUGCGUCCUCGACACUGUCUCGUAGCUGGCUAGUCCACCAGGCACAAGUCUUUGGAUGGAAGCACCUCUAAGUUGACACGCACCGACAUCGGUGCAAGACUGAUCCUGUUUUCAUCUCAACUUACUUCAGGCAUCACACUGAAUACUCAUGUUCUCCACUGAAUAUUCAAUAUUCAAUAUUGGUAAAUUGCUUUGUGUAGUCAAUACCAAAAAAACUGGGAUAUUCAAUGUACAAGAGAUGGAAUUCUUCACUAUGAAUUUUAUCCGUUGUUUAGUUUCAUACUCUUAUGAUAUUUUAUUCUCUUACGAGUAUUGCUAUACUCAAUUCCACGUUUAAUGUGCAGUACAGAGCGAGAAAGCAGAUAGUCAUUGGAAACAUCAUCCUUGUCGUCAUGCAAGUUGUGUCAGCGUCCACACGAUCCUCAAAGGCUUAAGGUAGAUUUUACCUCUUUCUUCAACUUAAUGGUUUUUGAUGGAUCAUAUUUUGACUUAAUGACUUGGAUUUUGACUUAGUUUUUGCCGAAAUCAGUUGUGAAAAUUUGUAAGUAAAAAAGUAAUAAGCAAAGAAGCGUUUUUAGUUCUCAUGGUUUUAGGACGAAUAGUAUCGUUGAGGCUGCCAUUUCGAGUUCAUGGGCCUUGGACGCUCUGUAUUAGCUGAACAUGGAAU